AUGUUGAAGGUCCCAAAAGAUAGUGGUAGUGCUUGGAUUCAAGACCUGCCCCCUUCCCUUACUGCCAUGUGUCUCCCCACCGCCCAGUACAGAUGUGUAUGGAUUCUGACUGCAAAGGCUACUCUAAAUAAGUACGUCCAAGUUGUGCCCUUGCCAAAGUCGACCAGCGACCUCCCCACUGGGACACCCUGCAGCACAGCUGAAUGGGGCCUCAUCGAUGAACUACAGACCACAGAGAAGCUCUACGAGACCAACAUCACCAUCUACAGCCAUAAAAAAUGUAUGAUGAUCUACUCAAAUUUGGAUGAUGGGAUGAUCUGUGCAGGCAGCGACCACCAGCUGCGGGACACGAGCCAGGGGGAUUCCGGGGGUCCCAUGGUCUGCGGCGGUGUGGUGCAUGGAAUCGUCUCGUUCGGCUAUGACUUCCCGCCUGGGGUGUACGCGCGUGUCGCCCACUACCUGCCCUGGAUCAAGGAAGUCAUGGGGCCCGACCUGUGA